GCUAUCGUGAGGUACAUAUCCAAUGUAGCUGCGCGCCAUGUGGCGAGUGCUUUGCGUUCUGCUUGCCUUUCGAGAGGCGCCGGCAGCGCUGGGCGCUGCGGUGCCGGCGGGGCAUGUGGUCGGGGGCGAGCGCUUGGACCUGGUGCCGGUGUCCGUGGGCCCGGUGACCGCCAUGCGCUUCGCGCCUGCGUGGGACGUAUUUUUCGUCGGCGGCGACUUGGGCACUCUGCAAGCCUUCCAGGGAGACCUGAGCCUAGUGAAUGCAGGCAACGUGGGGAGCCGGGUGACCGCGAUCAUCUACCAGGAGGCACUGAGUGAAGUGGCUGCUGGGGGCGCUGACGGGCGCCUGGUUUUCCUCCAGGCCUCCAACCUCCAAGUGGUGGCCACGGUGAGCGAAAACGAGGGUGGGAGUCAGGUCACCGCACUGGCAUAUGUGUCCUACUCGGAUGACGUGACCAGCUAUAGCGAGGUGGCCAGCUGCAGCUAUUUCAGUUCGAAUAUCAAGCUUUGGAGCAUGAGUUCGAAGGCAUUGACGAGGGAGCUCUCUGGGCACAACAACAUCGUGCUGGCCUUGGCUUCUUUGGAUUCCCAGCUGCUCGCCAGCGGGUCGCUGGAUAGCUACCUGGGCAUUUGGUCCUUGCCCUUGGCCAAGCUGCAGGUGGACGGCAGCAUUUGCUCUGGCAGCAUCUUGGUCCCCUUGUCCACCUCCUACCAGCUGGACGACUGCAUCCGAGCAGUACUGGGUGCCGGGGCCGAUUUGGGCGGCAGGUUCUUCGUGUACGGCCAGGCGGGAACCAGCUCGGCCAACGAGUGCCAGCUCUUAGAGUCGGAGGGGUCUUGUUCGACCUUGACAGCUGCGCCCUACACCAUGUACCGCGUGGAGGUGCCCCUGAAGCACAUGAUCAAGGCGCACGAUGGCCCGGUGAGGGCCGUGGAGUUUUUGCCGCAGCAGGGCCUGGUGGCCUCUGGGGGAGAUGACGGCACCAUCCGAGCCUGGAACCCAGACACCGGGUUGAUGGUGCGGGAGUUCGGCGGCGUCAGGGCCAUGGACCAUGGCGUGAACGCCUUGGCCUACGUGGGCUCUCUUGGAGCCUUGGUGGCCACCAGCUUGUUCCACAUCACCUUCUUCGACACAAAUGGCGAGGUUUUGAGCCAAAUCGCCCGGUCGGCGUCUUCUCCGGCACUGGUGCUGUCCAUGGACGCGCGGCAGCGGAUCUUGUCCUCCAAGGGCACUGAGAUCGAGGUGUGGCCCCACCUCACCCUGUGCCAGGACGGCUCAGCGCCAGCCUCCACCAGCAGGUGUGAGGCCUGCCCCUCCGGCCGCGCUGGGGUUGGGGGCUUCUGCGACCUGCUCUGCACCGGAGGCACGCAGAGCACGGGCACGCAGUGCGCAGCCUGCGAUGCCGGCCGUGCCGGGGACGGGCAGAGCUGUUGGGACUGCAGCCCCGGGGAGUUCCAGGAACAACCCGGGCAGGUGGCCUGCCAGCAGUGCCCGCGGGGCUCCGCGCAGCCCUUGGCACGGCAGACGAGAUGCACGCCCUGCGUGGAUGCCACGGCGGCCACGGGCCAGGGCUCCGAGGAUUGCCAGACAUGUCCGGAUGGGACGGAGCCCACGGUGGACCACACAGAGUGUCGGACUUGCGUGUCGGGCGCGGCAGGCACAGGUGGGAUCUGCGUCCAGUGCCUGGACGGCCAGCAAAACUCGGUGGAUUUCUCUAUUUGCCUGGAGUGCCCUACUGGCACCGCGGGCACCAGCGGCUUUUGCUCGCCCUGUCCCGAGGGAACGCAGCCAGACGAGAACCGGCAGACUUGCGAGCCGUGCCUGCCAGGCUUUGCAGGCGCUUUGGGCGUGUGCAGCAGAUGCCCCGCCGGCGAGCAGCCGGAUGCUGCGAGCGCGCUAUGUGUCGCCUGCAUCCCCGGCAGGGCGGGGCUCAACGGCACGUGCUCCGUUUGCCCCGUGGGGAUGGUCGCCUCCACAAAUCGCUCCGUGUGCCUCUUCUGCGACGAGGGACAGAUCGCCCAGAUGUUCACCAAGGCUUGUGAAACCUGCCCAGACGGACAGAUGCCAGCAGAGAACCGAUCGCUUUGCCUGGACUGCCCUCCUGGUUUUGCUGGCACUGGCGGUCUGUGCUCCCUUUGUCCAGAGGGCACCGGCGCCAGCGAGGACCACUCGGUCUGCUCCGACUGCCCGGAAGGCUUCUUCGGAUCUCGGGGCUUCUGUGGGCAGUGCCCCAAUGGCACCCAGCCGCGAGACGCCAACGCAACCAACACCUCGGCUUUGUGCGUGCCGUGCCCGUACAAAACGGCGGGGAAUUUCGGGCUGUGCCUGGCGUGUCCGGAUGGGACACAGCAAGACGCCUCAAGAUCCCGCUGCGAGAGAUGCCCGGUUGGGACAGCCGGCGUUGGCGGCGAGUGCUUGGCCUGCGAGUAUCCGCUGAUGCAGGACUCUAACAGGACAAGCUGCACGCAACAACUUGCCUCUCCGCUGUUGCUCUACGCAGCAUCGCGUUGCAGUGCUCACUCAUGCAGGACACACUUCAGCCAGCUGGAUGUGGAGCAGCUCUUCUGCUGCCCAACGCCGCAAGGUGACUACUUGGCUUGCUGCGACUUUGACGAGGAAGGCGAAUCUUUUGGCCGCCUCUUGUCCAGAGGCUUCAGUCUGAUCAUGACGGCGACCUCAACACCUAUUGUGGCCGGACCUCUCAUCUUUGUCUCCGAAUGCCUUCUUCUUGCUGUUCUUUGUCGCAUUUGGAAGUCAGAUGCCUGGGCGGACUGGCGGGAGCUUCUGGAGGUUUCCGUGCCGGGCUUGCUGCUGAUGAUGGUGUGGCUCUUCUUGACGGCCGCGGCCCUGCCGUGGAUCGUGGGCACCGGUUGGCUGCUGAUCCCAGUGUGCCUCUUCGCGCUGCUCUUCUUUGCAGGGGUGCACCGGGCCCUGCUGCGGGUGCUGGGCUUUGAGGCGCUGAUCCGGAGCAGGGCCAGCACGCGCCCACGAGUGCUAGUCUACGCGUGCGGGGAGAUUCUGGUGAGAUGCAUCAUGCUGCUCGGAGACUGGAUCAUCGUCCACUUCCUGCUGGUCGACUUUGCCACGACCAUUACGCUCCUUCUGGGGUCCGACGCGAAUGUCAUCAAGCCAAUGGCAUACGAGUACGUCAUCACCACACUGCCCCUCUGGGAGUUUGUCCAGUCGCUCACCGUCAUCGCCGUCAGACUGCUGUGGGGAUUGCAGGUGGCCAUUUCAAGCCUGCCAAUGCGGGUGGCCAUCCACUCCUCGGCAGCCACUGGGGUGAUGGCUGCCGCAUCGAUGACGUACACCACGACCUCGUUCUGCUACAUUCUGAUGUCUUCAGACCUGGCUGCGCGCCUGGCCGCGGCCAGGCAAGCGGUGAUCGUGGGCAACUUGGGUCUGAUAGCGCAGGCUUGGCGCCUGCUAGUGGUGACUGGCUUGGAGCUGGUGCUCAGCAUCCUGCUCCGGGCUGCCUCGGCUUGGCCUGCGAGGUUGAUUCCCUUCGUGGCGACCAUUCUGCUGGCCCCACCGGCGGGUGUGUCUACAGAUGCAGAUUUCAUCCCCAUGGCGCUUGCCUUGCUUUGUGCCGUGACUGCGGAGUUUUAUGUGCUGUGUACUUGGAUGUGGCUCUUGGGCAGCCGCAGGCAGCCCUCCCAUUUGGGGAACCCGCCCCACUUCUUGGGACGCAUCCUGGCGCGAAUUUCCCGUGAUCCUCUGCUCCACUUCGAGGACUCGCGCGCUGAAGAGUACCUGGUUUGUGGAGUACUGCGUGCCCUGGGACUCUGGCAGAAGGAGGAGGACACAGAAGGGCCGCCCAGUGCCGCAUCAAGCCCCCGCAGCCCACGUUCCGGCCGCAGCCCGCGCUCGGGCCGCAGUCCGGGUCGGUCCAGCCCCCGAAUGCGCAGCCCCACUUCUGGCGAGCGGUCCGAGCGCGCGUCUCCGCGGUUGGCGCCGGUGAAGUUGAAGAAGAACUUGGCGUCGGUGACGUCGCUGCUGCGGGGCUCUCCCCGCGACGGCAGUCCGAGGAGCCCCGGGCGGUCUGGCAGCCCUCGGUCGGCGCACUCGCCCCGGGCGAACGCGGUUGCCGUGCCCCGCUUCGCGCGCCUGGCCGACGGGGCGCGGGUGGAUAUGGCGGUGCGAAAGGACGGGCGCUCCGCGCGCAGUCCGCGGAGCCCUGGGAGUGGCAGCCCUGGGAGGAGCCCCGGCGCCAGUCCCAGCGCCAGUCCUGGCGCCAGCCCGAGGAGGGGCGACAGCCCCAAGGGCCGGCGCCCGGAGAUGGAGAUGGAGCUUUCGGCGCCCGAAGCUGCCAUGCCGAGGUGGAGGAGGAUGUGGCAGCGUUGCAAAGCUGUGCUUUCUCGGAUGCUGGCAUGCACCAUGCGCUAUGUGCCUCUCAAAAGAGUCCGCAAGAUAGUGGGCAAGUGCCUGCCGAGUGGACCCAAGCACACUGGCAGGACUGCUUUGAGACGCAAAGGUAGAAUAAUAGACAGGCUGCCAGCAAACACCAAGAAAAGCGCGACAGGGCUCAUCGAUCUUUGGGAGGAUGUCGCGGAGAUGAGCGGUCAGCAUGUGGACAUCACGCAGCUUGAUGUGUUGCCGCGGGCGCUUUACAAUGCUGUGCCGAAGCCAAAGAUCUGCAUCUUCCUGCGCCAGCCUGCGCGCCGGAGCUGGGAUUCCCUUAAGGCGUGCAUUUGGACGGUGAUGGGGCAGUGGAGAGAGGAUGCGAACCUGGGCCCUUUACGGGUCCGCCUACGGUCGCGGGAGCUCUUGAAAGAGGCUGGUCGAGGUUACUUGGACCAGGAGGACUACAAAGCCACCCAGUUGUGUACAGCCAUCAGCGUGACUCUGCUUCUGCUCUGGCUUCCCGGCUGCGCACUCCUCGCAUUCCCGGCGAGAUACUUCAACGACCCUCCGCUGCGGAGCGUGGACGGCUCGCUGGACAUCAUGAAGCAUAAGAUCCAGGAGUAUGUGGAUGGAGGCUUGUCCUACAAGGAGGCAGAGGUGGCCCUGAGAAGGCACUCCACCUCCGGAGAGCGGCAAGGCAAGCUGCGAGCCAUGUACGUGGCGCGGAUCGCGCGGCUGCAGAGCCUCUUGGGAAUGGCUAUCGCGAUUUUCUGCCUCUUGCUGGUGAGCCCGUUUGUGAUGGGCGCAUGGGUUGAUUGGACGGCUCCAGUCUGUGUCACCACUACCUUGACCUUGGUGGUGGUCCACGCGCUGCUGCAGCGCGCCGCCGCUUGGCUGUCGCCGAAGAAGGUGGUGAUGCUGUCGGCGCUGCGGGAGACCUCUGAGGAGGUCCGCGUCAUGGAGGACGUCCUCGAGGCCUACAGGAGCAUUGCGGCGCAGGAGGAGGAAGAGGACAGCUCGGACGAGGACCAGUCCUCCGAUUAUUCCUCGGCCAACGAGUCCUUCUUGGAUGAGGACCCCUCCUCCACGAACGAUCCAGAUGUCCUUGGUUCCAAGCAGGUGAAGAUCUUGGUCCGGCCUCGCGCUGCCCGGCUCCGCAUGCAUUUCGAGCUCAUGCGGUCCAUGCCUUCCUGCGGGGAGCAUCUGCUGCGCUACCAGCGGGAGGAGCCCCUGAAGUACGGGCGCUUGCUGCGGGUCCCCGGGGUGCUCCCGGCCCGGGCGCUGGAUCGGCGCAGGAAGGGCCGCUUCAUGAGGAAAGCCACCCAGGAGAAGAUGGCGCAGCCACAGGGUGCAGCGCGGGAGGUGCGGAGCUUCAGCUUCACCCCCACCCUGGAGAGCGACACAGCGCACAAGGAGUCCCAGUUUCAGUUGCGGCGCGCCCACAGUCUGGGCACCGGCUUCGUGUGCGAGGCGAAGCCGGAGGAGCGGUCCGUAGAGGAUCACUGGGCGUUGGCUGGGGACAUCUUCGACGAGAAGAGCCGCGGCGGGGUGCCAGCGAUGCCAAAGACAGCUGAGGCCAUGCGAGACCGGGGCCUGGUGGACCGCUUCGAGGCCAUGGGCACCUUCAAGCCCCAGGACAAGGCGCUGACCAUGCGGCAGGUGGCCACCAAGGGUCUCUUCUCGGACACCCGCUUUGGAGACCGGGUGCUGCGGGCGGUCACGGCUGUGACGGGCGUCCAGCUGCGGCCGCAGGAUGCGUGGCAGGUGCCGGUGGAUGAAGCCCUGGACGAUGGAUUCCAACUGGCAACGGUUCCAGAGCCGGAACCCAUGACAGUCGAAGAGGCAGUCGAGGAGGAGGAGGAGGUCGGCGACUCCUUCUCUGAGCCUUCCACCUUAAGCGGCGGGGGUUAGAUCUAGCAUCCAUGGCUUCGGAUUCCGGAAGAAAAGGGCCCCCCCC